GCAGUAGAAAUGGGAGGCCUGUAUGCUCAAGUGGAGCCUAGAAAUAUGAGGAAGGAAGUGGGGUGUGAAUAUGCGCAAGUCAAAUUUGAAGAACAAAGCGCUAUGCAAAAAUAGAUAAAUAGUGCCGUGAAAAAAUAUUUACCCCAUAUUUCCUGAUAUCUUGCUUUUUGCAUAUUGGUCACAGUUUUGAGUUUCAGAACAUUAAACUAAUCUUAAUAUUAGGAAAAAAAUAACUCAAGUAAAUUCAAAAGGCACUUUUUAUUAGAAAAAAAAAGUCCAAAUCUAUUAAAAUGUUUUGAUUAUCUGAAACAUUUUAAUGUGACAAAUGUGGAAGGAAAAAAGAAAUCAGGAAGCAGACAAAUACUUUUCAUAACAUAAUGCAACCUUUUGCAUUGCUGAGCUUACUACAAAAUAAAUAAAUAGCUGGUCUGUUCUCUGGGUGUGUCCUUGACACGUAGUCACACUGUGGCAAAGACAUUGAGCAAUACAAUUACAAUCCCUUUGUUCAGGCUUCUCUGGCACAGUAUCUCAGACACUCCCUGAAAUAGUCAAAGACUGCCUCACUACCAGGUGGCUACAACUGGUCCAAGGAGACCUGUUAGAGAAGCUGGGAGAAGAUCUGGACAUGAUUCAGCACACAAAUGGCCUGAGGAUAAAAACUCCUCUUGAGCCUCUCUGUUUUUGUUCGGAACCUUCUGCCUGAUCUGGACAUGCAGUUUGCAUGCUUGAAAUUUGGUGGUAAUUCAUUUUAGUCUGAUUAGCCUGCAACAAACACAUGGCUCUGAGCAUGACCCAGCUAUAGUCUAGCUUCAUCUGGGAUGUGAUAAUGCCUUCCUAUGUUUGAAUGCUCCAAAUUCCAAGUAAUAAAAUGCAAAAAUGUUUUAGUGGCCAACAUGAUGAAAUCAUUUUUGGAAAAAUCUUCUAAAAUAAUUAAAUAAAAAAGAUUAAAAUAUAAAAUAAUUUAAAUAAUUUAAAAUAUAGAAUAUAACUGCACAGACAUCUCAAACUUAUCAUUGUUUAGCUGUUUUGUUUGUUUGUUUUAUUAACAUGCAAUUGCAGGAAAAGUGUUGUUAACUGUUCUGAUAAUUAGUUAUUGUAUUGUGUACCCAAUCACACACUGUCUAUAGAGGUGAUAUCAAUAUAUUUAUAGUAUCAUGAUAUGCAGACAUGAUAAUUAUGAAAAAUACUAGGACCAUUCACACUCAGUUGUGCUUGAUUUAAUUUUUUGUCUUGCUGUAGGCUAUAAAUAUAAUGAAUGAUACUCAAACAUAAAUACAAGUGAUUCAUUUUCUUGUUUUGUUCUUUCAAUAUAUUAUUUUGUCAAGUUUUUUGUCUUUUGUUAUGUUGCACUUGUGCUUUCGAGUUCACUCGUGGAUUUGCUCUUUCAUAUUCAUAGAAUGUAUUCACUUGCGAAGACACACUAGAUAUGGGGGUGAUUGACGUCAUUUCACUGAGUAAAUGUUCUUGGUGGCAUUGCAUUGGCUGAUAAUAAUAUUUGUUCAUCACCUGAUCUAACCUUAUUUUGAGUUCCUACGUUCCUCCUUGUUGCAUUAUGAAAAGUGAUGUAUAAAUAUGUAUGUAAUCAUUUUUCUAAGCACUUACAUUAACACAGGAAUCGGUCCAAAUCCAUCUAACCUUUGUCACACUGCUUUGGAGUUUAAUGAACAACAUGUGAUGAAGUGUUUAGCAAACUGUAAAUUUGGUGAAACAAGCAGAGCCCUUCUUUCCGAGUUUCUCACUUUCAGACUGACUGCCUUAAAUGAGCACUGCAAGUUUCCUGUUUGAGGCUGAAUAGCAGAGAGUGGCAGAGCAAUUUAGGUUGUGGUCAAAAGGGGGACUUGAGAACAGAAACAGACUGGGACAUCACAAACACAGUGAAGCAGCAUCUCUCUUGCCAGCUGCUGCGUUUCAGAGGUUGAAAGGCCAAAGGUGACUUAUCGGAUGCUGUAAAGUGACUGCUGUCUUCAUGGCCUCUGUUCAUCUGCUUAGACUGCUAAGCUUGAUGACUGGUACCUCAGUUCUCCAGCAGGUGAAAGGCUUCAGCGUUAGAGUACCCAAAACAGUUGUUGCUGAUGAAGGAACCUGUGUUGUGGUGCCAUGUCAGACAGAACCUUACAAUCGAGUUAUCUGGUACCAGUAUCAUAAUCUAAAGUAUCCUGUUGUUUAUGAUGGAGUUAAUUCUUAUAACGUGGAACAGCAGUUCAGAGGACGCACCAAAGUAUCUGGCAACGCUGCAGAGGGAAACUGCACCCUGAUGAUUGACAAUGUGAGCACAGCUGACCAUAACCUACGUGUUUAUGUGUGGAUCAAUCCAGACUCUCAGACAACUCAGACAUUCCAUGAUCAAACUGUAACUAUCAGUGUUGAAAGAAAAGCUCCCAUAAUCUACAUACAGAAGAAAAUGGUGGAAGGGGAGAAUUUCCAGGCCAACUGCAGCAUAAUCUACUCUUGCCCUUUCUUACCUCCAUCCCUUCAAUGGAACGCAAACACACUUCUGGAAAACUACACUUUUGUGGAUUUCCACAUGGAAGUGCAUGGCCAGUGGUUCUACCAAAAGACACUGCGAGGAGUAGCAACAUAUCUGAUGCAUAACAGGAGGAUUCGCUGUUCGGCUAAGUUUAAAACCUUUACCAUUGGAAGUGAAAUGACACUCAACAUUUUAUAUAAGCCUGUCACUGUUACAGUGAAAAAGGAAAAGAAAGUUGUGGUGGAAGGUGACAGCAUCAACAUUGAGUGUGUUGCUAAUAGUAACCCCCCACCACACAAAUACUUAUGGUUUAUAAGACAAUUAGACCAGCACAAGAUCAAAAAUUCAACUCAGAGUACAAAGCAUUUCAACAACAUUGCACGAGAUACAUCUCUGUCCUGCAUGGCUCAAAAUGCUUUUGGAGUGCAACAGUCCGUCUGGGUGGAUCUGGAUGUUCAGUAUCGCCCUGUAAUCCUACCUGAGACCUCGUGCCACCUUAAAGGAGACCUUCUGAGGUGUAUCUGUUUGGUUGAUGCAUCCCCUAAUGCUUCUAUAUACUGGAUUAUAAAUGGAAAUUACACCCAUUUGUCCUCAUUCACCUCUGCUUUGACAAAUAAAAAACAUGUAGUCUUUGGGGAAAUAAAGAUUAAAGUUAAAACCCAGACCAAUGUAUCGUGCACAGGCAGAAACCCACAUGGAAGUGACACCAAAAAGAUACCUGCAGUCAGUUUGUCAGAAUCAUCCCUUUUGCUGUGGCUCAUGCUUCCAGGAAUGAUUUUCCUCUUUGGAUGUGCUGUUCUCAUUUACAGAAAAUAUCCUGUAAAGAGAUUAUUUUUUGGAGGAGGUCAUGUCCAGCAACAACAGAUAAACAACAUUUUUCAUCGCUCACAAAAUGAAGACACACAAAUACACCUACAGAGACCUGACAGAGACCUGGAGAUGGAAAGACUUUCCUGUGUUUAUGACAAUGAUUUCCUGGAAGAAAUGCAAAGAUCGGCGAGAUCUCAACACUACCAAAACAGUGAAACGCUUCUCCAAAGCAAAAAUGAAACAGAGCCACCUGACGAGGUUUUACCACAGAAAAUACUCAUUUCAAGUUUAGCAUAUGAAAUCACACUACAUGUAUCAGAAUGGAAGUUGAUGUAGAUCUUGACACAUAUAAUCAAAUUGCUUAAAUCAGACUGUACAGUUAUGUUAUGCUAUUGUUUUUUUAACUAUUGUAAUUUCUCAAACAUCUAAAAGUAGUAAAAUUAUAUAUUUUACUUCCCACAAAAUUUGUAUUGCAACAUGAGGGUUUAUCUGGAGUAAUGACCAGAGGGAAUUUGCUGCUGUCUCACACAGUAGGUUCCAUUGAUUGUUGGAGCAAUAUAGUCUACUUGCAAUGCAUAUUAGAGUGACAUACUUUUGUACUCUCAGUUUUCUCUUAAGCAAUUCUGUUAGACUUGUCACUGUUAGACUAGAUAGUUUUGCCAAAGCAUCAGUUAUAUUUUUGAACAUAUACAUGUCUAUCUUUAUUUCCUGCUGCAAUCUUAACGUGUUAGUGUUCCUAAUGCUUACAAACAAGGAAAUCAAUAUUUAAACAACAGAAAACUGAAUUGCAAGCAGAAGAAUACUUGUUCUUUACUCCACUGCAAAACUGACAAACAUCUAUAAUCAUGCCAAGGUGGGAAUAUAUU